AUGCGGUAUUUACGUAUUAUCGACCUUGGCUUGCUUGGGGGGGUGGGCUGGCUGGCGGCAGGCAAGAUGCGCGGUGACAGGAAAGCUUCAGGACCCUGUCGGACAGCUUUCGGUUCGAGAUGGCGAGAAAGAGAAUUUACGGCAAAGGCGAAGCAGUCGACACUCGUGCCAUUUUCAGAUGAGAACAGACGACAUGGACAUGACCUGGGAAUUAGGAAGAUGGAGGGGGGGCAGGCUCUGGAUAAAGGGCAGAACAAACGAGCAAGAGUCAAGAGAGAGAGGGACGGGAGAGACAAGAAACGGGCAGACGGGACAACGGGCCAACGUAACAGGGCGACGGGGGGGGGGAGGAGGAGGAGAGACGAGACGAGACGAGAACGUGAGAAGAAACGUGGAUGGAAAGGAGGAGAGAGAGAGAGAGAAAGAGCAACAACCAGCACCAGCAAAAGCACCACCAAGAAAGUACACCAGACGAGACGAAGCAAGCGGCGGCGGCAAAGAUGCCAGGGACGGUACGGUACCUACUCCGUAUACCCCGUGGCUCAUCCCCGUACGAGACUACGAGUAACGAGGAGCAAGCAGGUCGUGCAGUGCGUGGAGCGUGGAGCGUGGAGCGAGGCGAGGGUGCCCAGGUAA